AUGAAGAGUUUGAGUUAUUUAAGCCUGUUCUUAAGUCUAUCUAUCUAUCUAUCUAUCUAUCUAUCUAUCUAUCUAUCUAUCUAUCUAUCUAUCUAUCUAUCUACCAUGUUAACAUCUAUCUAUCUAUCUAUCUAUCUAUGUUCAUUAUCUCAGUCUGUUCCUUAUCUAUCUAUCUAUCUAUCUAUCUAUCUAUGUUCAUUAUCUCAGUCUGUUCCUUAUCUAUCUAUCUAUCUAUCUAUGUUCAUUAUCUCAGUCUGUUCCUUAUCUAUCUAUCUAUCUAUCUAUCUAUCUAUCUAUCUAUCUAUCUAUGUUCAUUAUCUCAGUCUGUUCCUUAUCUAUCUAUCUAUCUAUCUAUCUAUGUUCAUUAUCUCAGUCUGUUCAUUAUCUAUCUAUCUAGCUUUGUUCAUUAUCUAUCUAUCAUUUACACUGUUCAUUAUCUAUCUAUCUAUCUAUCUAUCUAUCUAUCUAUCUAUCUCAGUCUGUUUGUUAUCUGUCUAUCUAUCUAUCUAUCCAUUGGUCUGUUUCUAUCUAUCUUACACUUUCACCUCUUUGUGUCACUUAAUCUAUCUCACUCUGUUCAUAUCUAUCUAUCUAUCUAUCUAUCUGUCUAUCUAUCUAUCUAUCUAUCUCAGUGUAUUCAAAUCUAUCUAUCUCACACUGUUUAUAUCUAUCUAUCUAUCUAUCUAUCUAUCUUGCUCUGUUCAUAUCUAUCUAUCUAUCUAUCUAUCUAUCUAUCUAUCUAUCUCACUCUGUUCAUAUCUAUCUAUCUAUCUAUCUGUUUAUCUAUCUCAAGUGUAUUCAGAUCUAUCUAUCUCACACUGUUCAUAUCUAUCUAUCUAUCUAUCUAUCUAUCUCUGUUCAUAUCUAUCUAUCUUGCUCUGUUUCUAUCUAUCUAUCUAUCUAUCUAUCUAUCUAUCUAUCUAUCUAUCUAUCUCACACUGUUCAUAUCUAUCUAUUUAUCUAUCUAUCUCACUCUGUUCAUAUCUAGCUAUCUCUCUUGCUCUGUUCAUAUCUAUCUGUCUCUCGCUCUGUUCAUAUCUAUCUAUCUAUCUAUCUAUCUAUCUAUCUAUCUAUCUAUCUGUGUUCAUAUCUAUUUAUCUAUCUAUCUAUUUCACUCUAUUCAUAUCUGUCUGUCUUGCUCUGUUCAUAUCUAUCUAUCUAUCUAUCUAUCUAUCUCAGUCUGUUCAUUAUCUAUCUAUCUAUCUAUCUAUCUAUCUAUCUAUCUCAGUCUGUUCAUUAUCUAUCUAUCUAUCUAUCUAUUUUGCUCUGUUCAUAUCUAUCUAUCUAUCUGAUCUCUCUAACUCUCUCUCCGUUCAUUAUCUGUCUAUUUUGGUCACUUCCUUUCUAUCUAUCUAUCUAUCUAUCUUGUCUCUUCCUAUCUAUCUAUCUAUCUAUCUAUCUAUCAUCUCUUCCUUUCUAUCUAUCCAUCGUGGUCACUUCCUUCCUUCCUUUCUUUCUAUCUAUCUGUCAUGGUCAUUUCCUUUCUUUCUAUCUAUUGUGGUCUUUUCCUAUCUAUCUAUCUAUCUUGUCUCUUCCAUUCUAUCUAUCUAUCUAUCUAUGGUGGUCACUUCUUUUCUAUCUAUCAUGAUCACUUCCUUCCUUCCUUCCUUCCUUUCUUCCUUCCUUUCUUUCUUUCUUUCUUUCUUUCUUUCUAUCUAUCAUAGUCACUUCCUUUCUAUCUAUCUAUCUAUCUUGUCUCUUCCUAUCUAUCUAUCUAUCUAUCUAUCUAUCAUCUCUUCCUUUCUAUCUAUCCAUCGUGGUCACUUCCUUUCUUUCUAUCUAUUGUGGUCUUUUCCUAUCUAUCUAUCUAUCUAUCUAUCUAUCUAUCUAUCUAUCUAUCUAUCUAUCUUCCUUUCUAUCCAUCCUUCUGUUUUCUUUCUAUCUAUUGUGGUCUUUUCCUAUCUAUCUAUCUAUCUAUCUAUCUAUCUAUCUAUCUAUCUAUCUAGUCUCUUCCAUCCUAUCUAUCUAUCUAUCUAUGGUGGUCACUUCUUUUCUAUCUAUCAUGAUCACUUUCUUCCUUCCUUCCUUUCUUUCUUUCUUUCUUUCUAUCAUGAUCACUUCCUUUCUUUCUUUCUUUCUAUCAUAGUCACUUCCUUUCUUUCUAUCUAUCUAUUAUUGUCUCUUACUUUCUAUCUAUCUAUCUAUCAUAGUCACUUCCUUUCUUUCUAUCUAUUAUUGUCUCUUCCUUCCUUUCUAUCUAUCUAUCUAUCUAUCUAUCUAUCUAUCUAUCAUAGUCACUUCCUUUCUUUCUAUCUAUCAAUCAUAGUCACUUCCUUUCUUUCUAUCUAUCUAUUAUUGUCUCUUCCUUUCUAUCUAUCUAUCUAUCUAUCUAUCUAUCUAUCUAUCUAUCUAUCUAUCUAUCUCUUUUGUGUCACUUCCUUUCCUUCUAUCUAUCUAUCAUGGUCUCUUCCUUUCUAUCUUUUUUUUUUAUAG